AUGCUUUUGCACAUUACAGACACUGACAAAGCUGGAUCCCCACCACCAUCGAACCAGCAACAUGUCAGAUACUCCAACCCCCGCCAGCGCCUCCACCGCCCCCGACGCUCCCGCCGCCGCUACCGCGGCCACCCCCUUCUCCCGCCGGCCCCGCGUCGUGCCCGACCGCCCGUACUCCCUCGCCCCCCUCCCCUCCUCCCCUCCUCCCGCGGCUCCUCCCGCACCUUCUCCCACGCCUCCAUCCGCGUCUCCCCUGCCGUCCCCUCCGCCGUCCCCUCCGGCGCCCCUAGCCAGUCCCCCCCCGCUGCCGCCGCCGACCCCCUCGUGGGCUCUCCCUCCUCCCCCCCCCUCCCACCGGCCCGUCCCCCGCCGCGGCACCAGCACCCCCCCAAUCCCAUCCAGGUCUAUGCUGCGCCCCCUCCUCCCUUUCGCUGGCCUGUCCCCCGCCACUGGCGCAACCCCCCCCCUUUCCUGUCCUCUCCGGCUCCCCGCUGCGGCACCCCAUACCGCGACCCACAGCUCCCCGCAGAACCCCUCAACGAAUAUUUGUGA